AUAUGUUAUAAUCGCCUCUCGAUUUCCGUAACAACUCAGUCCAGUUUCGACACCCAGGAGUCAUGCUAGCAGUAUGGGUCUUUGCCCUAGUACUUCUAUCAUCUUUGCAAGUGGAAACCAAGUUCAAGAGUCUCCACUGUGCAAACUAUGAUGAAUCUUUGGGCAAAAUUUUACUGUGCAGAAUCAAGGCUAUCAACCGAUACAGGAACUCGAUCAGUAUUCAAUUCAGACAGCUGAAGACUGUCAAUAAUGUGCAUAUGCGUUUGGAGUUAUUCAAACGUGCCAAUGGCUGGCGGCCUUUUCUCUACAAUAUUUCAUUUAACUUGUGUGAUUUUCUAUCUAAACGAAACAAUCUGAUCGUGAGCCUUGGCUAUGAAUAUCUUAAGCCUUAUAUUCCAAUAACCAAUUACACGUGUCCUUUUAAGAAAAAUCAUUUAAUAAAAUGUACUGACCUGGAGUUUGAUAUUGAAAAGUUUCGAGUUCGCUUCCCCAUUGAAUCGGGCGAAUACGCUUUGCAGUUAAGUUUUAUAGUCCAGAGGAAAGUCACAUUGACUCUAAAUGGAUCACUUGAAUACCGCAAUUACCGAGAGCGCUAA